UUGUAUUAUCUGUGUUCUUAAGUUUAUAGAUAUAGUGUUGGUAUUAUUUGUGUAUAACUGCGAACUGAAAUUGUUUAGUUUUUAUUUCUUCAACUCUAUUUUGCAAAAAGCCUUUUAUUAUACUUUUCAAAAAUGUCUUUGGCUGACGAAUUAUUAGCAGAUUUAGAAGAAAAUGAUGAUGGUGAGCUUCAGGCUGCGAUUGAAAAUAAUGCUGCUGGGGAUGCAACUCAUGAAUUUGCUGUUCCAUAUCCUGUAAUACCAAAAGAAGAUGAAAUAAAAAAUGUGUCCAUCAGGGAAUUAGCAAAAUUAAGGGAUUCUGAUCGAUUAAAACGAGUUAUUACUGAGGUAGAACAAAAUGUUGGAAAUAACCGGAAAAAAAUUGAAGUCACUGGGUUGAUGGAGUCAGAUCCUGAAUAUCAGCUUAUUGUGGAAGCUAAUAAUAUUGCUGUUGAAAUUGAUGGAGAAAUUGCUAUUAUCCACAGAUUUGUCCGUGACAAAUACCAGAAACGGUUUCCUGAAUUGGAGUCACUCAUUGUAACACCAUUAGAGUAUAUUCGCACGGUUAAAGAACUUGGUAAUGAUUUGGACCAGGCCAAGAAUAAUGAAACACUUCAGAGUUUCCUGACACAAGCCACUAUUAUGAUAGUUUCUGUAACAGCUUCAACUACACAAGGGAAACUGCUAUCAGAUAAAGAGUUACAAGAAAUAUAUGAGGCCUGUGACAUGGCUGCUGAGCUCACUAAUUUUAAGUCACAUAUCUUUGAAUAUGUUGAAAGUCGUAUGACAUUUAUUGCACCAAAUAUUACUGCAAUAGUUGGGGCUUCAACAGCUGCAAAAAUUCUUGGCGUUGCUGGAGGUUUAUCUAAGCUGUCAAAAAUGCCAGCCUGUAAUGUACUGCCACUUGGUCAACAAAAGAAAACACUUUCUGGAUUCUCUCAAGCGACAGCUUUGCCACACACUGGCUUCAUUUACUUCUCACAAAUUGUACAAGAUACACCACCUGAACUAAGAUAUAAAGCUGCUAAAUUAGUUUCAACGAAACUUACGUUAGCGGCACGUGUUGACGCAUCACAUUCCAGUACAGAUGGACACAUUGGUCGCCAGUUACGGGAAGGAAUUGAGAAAAAACUUGACAAAUUACAGGAACCGCCACCAGUAAAAUUUGUUAAGCCCCUUCCGAAGCCCAUAGAGCAAAGUCGCAAAAAGAGAGGAGGUAAACGAGUCCGCAAGAUGAAAGAGAGAUAUGCGAUGACUGAAUUCAGGAAGAACGCCAAUCGACUCAAUUUUGCUGACAUUGAAGAUGACGCCUAUCAAGAAGAUCUGGGUUACACCCGCGGCACUAUUGGCAAAUCGAGCACGGGUCGCGUGCGGUUGCCUCAAAUAGACGAAAAGACAAAAGUCCGCAUAAGCAAGACUCUGCAAAAGAACCUGCAGAAACAAAACCAGCAGUACGGUGGCGCAACAAGCAUAAGGAGACAAGUGUCUGGUACCGCGUCGUCUGUUGCGUUCACACCGUUGCAGGGUUUGGAAAUUGUCAAUCCUCAGGCAGCUGAAACGCGCGUAAAUGAAGCCAAUGCCAAAUAUUUCUCAAACACCUCUGGAUUCCUGUCAAUAGGCAAGAAGACGACAUGAAUACGACAAAAUGUUUUAUUUAAUUGACACAAGAUAUAUAAAAUAUUACCUGAAAUAAGUUACAAAUUCUGUGAUCGUAUGUUUGAAGUAUUAAUAAAUAAAAAUUUAAAUAAA